AAACGUCCCGAUGGCCGACAGAUACUCUUUCUCCCUCACCACCUUCUCCCCAAGCGGGAAGCUUGUUCAGAUCGAAUAUGCAUUGAACGCGGUCAACCAAGGCGUAACUGCCCUCGGAAUCAAAGCUACGAAUGGAAUCGUCUUGGCUACCGAAAAGAAAUCCUCCUCUCCUUUGAUUGACCCUCCCUCCCUCUCCAAGAUCUCCCUCAUCACACCGGACAUUGGCAUGGUCUAUGCUGGCAUGAGCCCCGACUACCGAGUGCUCGUCGACAAAGCCCGCAAGGUCUCCCACACCGGCUACAAGCGUAUCUAUAAUGAAUACCCGCCAACUCGAAUAUUGGUGCAGGAUGUUGCUCGCGUUGUGCAAGAGGCAACCCAGUCUGGUGGUGUCCGACCAUAUGGUGUCAGCUUGCUGAUGGCGGGUUGGGAUGAGGGAGUUGAACCCGAGUCCGAGGAGGCUGAGAAGGAAGAUGAGGACGAACCCAAGAAGGCCACAGGAAAGACAGGCGGCACCCUAAAGGGUGGACCUAGCUUAUACCAGGUCGACCCUAGCGGCAGCUAUUACCCAUGGAAGGCCACGGCCAUCGGAAAGCAUGCCACGAGUGCAAAGACGUUCCUUGAGAAACGUUACACUGAAGGGCUGGAGCUUGAAGACGCCAUCCACAUUGCUCUUCUGACCUUGAAGGAGACAAUCGAGGGUGAGAUGAAUGGUGACACGAUAGAAAUUGGUAUCGUCGGACCUCCCGCCGACCAUCUACUCGGCUACGAAGGUGUUGAGGGAGCUCGUGGCCCCAGGUUUAGAAAGUUGACGAAAGAGGAGAUCGAAGACUACCUGACCAGUCUGUGAAGGAUUCGCUCAUGUUAUCCAGCCGGGAGAACUGUAGCAUAAUAGACGCCUACUAAGUCUGACAAGGACCUUUGCAUAUCUCGUUUCUACAUCCGCGCUACUUAACCUUGAAAGUAUCAGCUGUCGACUGUAUGAUACGCUCGCCAGCCCGGCUGAAACACAGAAUCCACGCCAACCACUGGCGAUCAUUAAAGAGCCAAGCAUGAAAUGAACGCACCUUAGUCUCAUAAAAAUGAACGGUAUUCAGUCCCACAACAGACGACUUGUUUCAUGCAUGUACUCGGUAUCGUAGUCUCC